AUGAAUUCUGCUAUGACAUCAUCAAUGGUGGCACCCAUCAAUAUGGGGAAACAACUUCUAGGAAAUUGGUACAACACUAAUAGAAGGUUUUCGUUAUGUUCUCAUUGUACUCCAGUGGGAUUGAACACGAGGAAUGGAUUGAAAGAUGUUCCAUUGAUUAAUGGUACAACAAGAAGGAAGUUGGGAAAUGAAAGCACAGAAGAUUUUGCUACUUUCCUUCGUGGAAGUUUUGUCGAGGGCAGGUUUGUAUAUAGACAAAAUUUCUUUGUGAGGUCUUACGAAACUGGGCCAGAUAAGACUAUCUCCAUGGAGACACUCACCAACUUUCUCCAGGAAAGUGCUUUAAAUCAUGUAAGCAGCUGUGGGUUCAGUCAGAACAGUUUUGGAACUUCUUACGAGAUGGAUCUUCGAAAACUCAUUUGGGUCGUUACUCGCAUUCAGGUUCAAGUACAGAGAUACAGCAGAUGGGGGGAUGAAAUUGAGGUUGAAACUUGGAUUGAUGUUGGCGGAAAGAAUGGGACACGAAGAGACUGGAUAAUCAGGGAUCGUUACACCAAAGAAAUCAUAGCUAAAGCAACCAGCAUGUGGGCAAUCAUGAAUAGAGAAACAAGAAGAUUAUCCAAGAUGCCUGAAGAAGUUAGACAAGAACUUGAUCCUUUCUACUUUAACAAGUUUGCUAUUGCCACUGAAGAAAUAGAUCAGCAGAAGAUACAGAAGCUCACUGAUGCCACCGCUGAGGGUUUUCGAUUUGGAGUGACUCCAGGGUGGAACGACAUGGAUGUUAACCAGCAUGUUAACAACGCAAAAUACACCAGAUGGAUCUCGGAGAGCGUGCCAAGAAAAAUGUUAGAAGAUUACAAAAUGACAAGCAUGAUCUUAGAAUUUCGGCGUGAAUGUACGCAUUCAGAUAUACUGGAAUCAAUGACAAGUGCAUCAGCCAAAGUGAUUGGUGCCUCAAACAAUAAGUAUGUUAGCAGAAAACCCAACCUGCAAUUUAUACACUUGCUUCGUCUACAAGACAAUAAGACGGAGUUGGUUCGUGCCAGAACCGAAUGGAAUCUCAAGCAAAACCACACAUGAUACGCUUUUAUAUAUAUAUAUAUAUAUAUAUAUAUAUAUAUAUAUAUAUGUUU